GUUGAGCACUACCCAUCCAUCUUUACAUCCCCUCAUUGCUCUUCCACAGGACAAGCACGUCCGACUACUCAGCAGCCAACUGAGCAAUGCUAUACCACGAUGUUUGUUGCGCCACCCCCCGCCAUCAACAUGACAUCUCACUCAACGCUACAAUCGACGAUACUACCCUUCGACGAUGAGUUCGCAAUAUCUGAAAAUACAUGCAAUGACGAUCAUUCGAAUACGAUGAACCUCAAGUCGCGCCAUCCUGGUCGGACAAAUUUUCCUGGCUCGUCGAGCCACGUCGCCAACAUGUCCAUCUACGCCGCCAAUCAUACACAGUUUAACACUGCCACGACGGACAAUACAGCACGGCCACAACUUCCAACAGUCAAUACAAUACAUGACAACAUGUAUGUUUCAAUGAUGUCUAACAACGCACCUGGGCCACAAAAUGUCUUCGAGCGUCCUCCGGCGGUCCACAUGAACCAGUAUCAUGACGUUCCUUCUCACAACCUCCCAAGCUCUCAUGGUGCCCCGUACCACAACACGGUAACAGGGAGAUCAUAUUCCCCAGCAAUGCAUUUAGACGGCAAUGGUACUUAUUCACCUCAAUACAUCUCGCCCAAUACAGAUCCUGCACCCCUCAGCUCCUACCCCGAUCUAUCGUCCUAUCCUGACCAAUCCUACCAUGGUCACGGGGCACAUCAUAGCUCGCACCAACAGCAGCGGAACCCCGCCAUCGCUGAUUCGCAACCAGCUGGUCCUAGUGUUCCAUAUCAACCAGCCACGUCUAUGGCACUUCCACCUUUGCCUGCAGCAUCUUCACCGCCUUCCAUAGACACCCAACACUCACCCGCUACACACUCUUGCCGCUGGAGUGAUGGAGACCACGUCUGUACAUUUACAGGGCCCCUGAAUGCAUUCCGCAAGCACUUCAGAAGCAGUCAUUUGACAGGGGCUCAAAAUUCGCCAUCUAAAUGUUGUUGGCAAGGUUGCACGUACCGCAGACGCGCCAUGCCAGACGUCGAAGUCAUGCGGCGCGACAGUUUGUUGCGUCACGUUCGAGAGACGCAUCUAAUGAAAAAAAGGGGUAACUGAAGAAAAGUAUCUGAUUUUUUAUGUGUGUAUUAUUCAUCAUUCUCUUGGUUCGGGGCAUUGAGGG